CUAGCUAUCUUGCUAGGGUUUCCGGACCUCUUUUGAAUGAAGAUGCAUGUUUCUGCUGAGAUAAUGUAACUGGAGGAUCCAGGUCUGGGCAGACUCCACCAUGGGAGCCAACACUUCAAGCAAAGCACCGGUGUUCGAUGAAAGUGAUGAUGUCAACUUUGACCACUUUGAAAUCUUAAGAGCCAUUGGAAAAGGCAGUUUUGGGAAGGUCUGCAUCGUGCAGAAGAAUGAUACCAAGAAGAUGUACGCGAUGAAGUACAUGAACAAACAAAAGUGCGUGGAGCGCAAUGAAGUGAGGAAUGUCUUCAAGGAGCUCCAGAUCAUGCAGGGGCUGGAGCACCCUUUCCUGGUUAAUUUGUGGUACUCCUUCCAAGAUGAGGAGGACAUGUUCAUGGUGGUGGACCUCCUGCUGGGCGGGGACCUGCGUUUCCACCUGCAGCAGAAUGUCCGCUUCCAGGAGGACACCGUGAAGCUCUUCAUCUGUGAGCUGGCCAUGGCCCUGGACUACCUGCAGAGCCAGCGCAUCAUUCACAGGGAUAUGAAACCUGACAAUAUUUUGCUGGAUGAACAUGGGCACGUGCACAUUACAGACUUCAACAUUGCUACGAUGCUGCCCGUGGAGAUGUGCAUCACCACCGUGGCCGGCACCAAGCCUUACAUGGCACCUGAGAUGUUCAACUCCAGAAGAGAAGCAGGUUAUUCCUUUGCUGUUGACUGGUGGUCACUGGGAGUGACAGCAUACGAGCUGUUGAGAGGCUGGAGACCAUAUCAUAUUCGCUCCAGUACUUCCAGCAAAGAAAUUGCACACAUGUUUGAGACGGCGCCUGUGACUUACCCUUCUGCCUGGUCACAGGAAAUGGUGUCACUUCUUAAAAAGCUACUGGAACCGAAUCCAGACCAACGAUUUUCCCAUUUGUCCGACAUUCAAAGCUUCCCAUACAUGAAUGAUAUGAACUGGGACGCAGUUUUGCAGAAGAGGCUCAUUCCAGGAUUUAUUCCUAACAAAGGCAGGCUGAAUUGCGACCCCACCUUUGAACUCGAAGAAAUGAUUUUGGAGUCCAAGCCUCUUCACAAGAAAAAGAAGCGUCUGGCCAAGAAAGAGAAGGAGUUGAGGAGAUGUGAUUCCUCUCAGACGUGCCUUCUUCAAGAGCACCUUGAAUCUGUCCAGAGGGAGUUCAUAAUUUUCAACAGAGAAAAGUAAGUGACCCCCGGAAGAACAGCAGCUCAGCAAGUGAUGGAAUGUUUUGGCCACAGUUGACUUGGAAAGACUUGAUAUAUUUUUAAACAUUUUUUCUUCUUUCUAAUUACAAACAUGAUCCAUACCCAUAAUAGAAAAUCUGGAAAUUUCAGAAACCUUUUUUUUCUUGUAAGAAAUUUCAAAAAUUAUAAUAGGUAAAUUAGCUUAGUAUCAGGUUUCUGUGGUGGGAGGGGCAGAAGAAUUGGGACUUUUCAACACUUAAAAUCAAUGACGUUUUUAAGAAGGUUACCCAGGCUCACGCCUCUUUAUAAAUUGUUGGGUUUAAUGCUAUCAUUUCAAAAGCUUAAAUCUUUUCUUUUUCACUUUAACGAAUAAACCCACUUUAUUUUUUC